AUGGCUCAUUUGGGAGGGUUCCUGCCAAUGGAUCACAAGUAUUGCAGUGCAAUUCCAGCUCUGCACAAGUUCUCAUGCUCCAGCAUGGUAUCUGCUGUCAACCCCUGCUGCAGGAGCUCUUCUGUAGUGCAUCCUUCCUGGAUCACCAAGCCCCUCAGCCCGCAGAGGUGCCAAUGGCUUAGCCAUUUUCCUGGCCCAGCACAGAAGAGGCUGAGCACUUUAGGGAGCUCAGUGGGCUUAGGCAGCAACGUCCCUGUGUUAGUGCGAAGGGAACAGGAUGGAUUUUAUUAUCGUGGUAGAAUAAAAGAGGAGAAAGAGAGUGGAAGAGGCAUGUUCCUGGUAGAAUUUGCCAAACCACUUGUGUCACGAGGAAGGCAUCCGGUGUGUGUGCAAAAAACAGCAAAGGAUGACAUCCUGGAAUAUGUGAACAGGAUGAAGCACUCCUUACUCCCUGGAGACAAAGUGCUGGCACCCUGGGAGCCAGAUAUGGCCAGGUAUGGCCCAGGAACCAUCCUUAUGGGCAUUGAAACAAGGGACCCCCUACGAGCCUCAGAAGAUGAAGACAUUAUGGUCCAGUUCUGGAAUGGAAAGAGAGUGAAACUCCCACGAGGUGUUGCUCUAUGGAUCCCUCCUAGCCUGUGGGAGAGGAUUGUAGAGAUGAUCCACAUGCCCUUCACCAGCAGGGUGAAGACCAGAGAAGGUCUGGACACCAAAUCUUGUAUUAUUCCCUGCAGUCCUAAACCAGCCCCGAUUCCUGUUUGGGCUGUACAUAGCCUUGGCAAGCAUUGCUUACCCUGCUCACCCUGCUGGCCACAUUUCCACUGUUGCUGUGAUGGUAUAUGCUGUUCAUUAGCAUAUAAAAGCUGUAUUUUCUGCUGCCACCCCCAUGUUGAUACCUGGUGGGCUCUUCCAUCCAGAUCUGUGGUCUUUCAAAGUGAAACUGAAGAGACAGAGUCCAGCAGCAAGCCCUCUCCAUGCCUUCUAGAUCCAAAAGACCCAAACCAAGAAGCAAUAGCAGCUGUAGCAGUGUCUCCUCACUAUUCUGAUUCAGAGCUGGACCUGGAGCCAUUCUCCACUAAGAGUAGUGUGGUGGACAGUGCUGUUAACACAAGCUCUGGCUGUCUUGAGAAGCCCAGCUUAAAGGAUUCUGCAAGACACAACUGGAAAUACCGGAAAAGAAGCCACUGCAAGUCCCAUCCCAGAAAUUCAGGACUUCCCAAUUGCAGAAGCACAUGUACAAAAGGUAAGAUGGAAUCCAAAGCCAUCUCUACUGAAGACAUGCCUGGUGUUGCCCCAACUAAUCAAAGUGCACUGUUUGAAACAUUUGAGCAGUCUCCCAGAGGGCAACUCUCAAUGAAAGAAAUCACAAGGCACCAGGAUUUCAAGCUGUCAUUGAGGGAAGGUUUUCCAGCACCAGAAAAACAAAGAUAUAAAACAGCAAGAAAGGAAACAGAAACAGAUGAUAAAUGUACUGCAACUUGCAUAGGAGACACCAAACUUGAUGAUACAGACCAUGCCAGCAGAGGAGAGACAGAAAAACCAACUGUGCUCUCUUGCAGCAAAGCAGAGAGCUGAAAUUUCAGGCUGCCACAAAGCUGUAGUACUUCUGGACAACAACAGAAACAGAGAAUAUUGUGUAGAGAAGCAUCAAAGCUAUGAUCACAACUACUGCAGGUUAAACAGAUAAAAGUGGAACUGCACAGCUACAGACCUGUAUUCAUUGGCUGGCUUGGUCUUGCGUGAGGAUGAAAACAAUGCCUGCAUAUCCACAGGACAAAUCAGCCCUGUCUCCUGACAGAAUACAUGGGGACUCUCUGAUACCUCAGAACUGAAUUCAUGCCAGUAUCAUAAGGAAUGCUCUGGAAACACAUACUGAUCAGGCUCUUCAAAAAAAGCUGUGGUGGAAGAUGGCAUAGUCUAUGGGUUCUUAAUAGGAUGUAUAUGCAGGUUUAGGUGCUUUGCAACCCAGCCAGUAAAGACUGGUUUUGCAGAGCAAGUGCAGGAGCCUAAAACCAGAACACAUUAAUACCGAGAUAUGGGUUGGUGAAGAAGAUGAAGUCUCUUCAAGGCUGUUACCAGUAGCAUAGUGGGUUUGACAACUGUAUUUAAGUCUAUGGCAGCCCUUUUCUGGCUCCACACUAAAGGUACUUGAAUCUUCCCCACUGCAAAUUUGAGUACAGCUCUGCUGCCAUCUGUUGUCACCAAAGAACUCCUCCCAGGGUUACCUUCUUGAUCACAGGAACCAAGUUCCAAAAUAUGUAUUUUAUUCCACUUCUGUUUUGUCUCUUUUUAUUUGUCCCUAUUAAUUUGAUUGGAAGAUACCUUCAAGAUCAUUCAGUCCAACUGUCAUGACUAAACUUACAAAAGUAAGCUGACAACAGCAUUUCUUAUUUCCAAAUCUAUUGCUGUGCUUUAUUUCUUGAGGUUAUGCAUGCAUCAACAAGACUUGUUUGC